AUGGCAAAUGCAAGUCCCCAAACGUCCACCACGGCCAAUGAUAGCACGUCGACGGCUUCAAAGCUCACAAGGCCAUGUAAAGCCUUUAUCAGGGAGAUCGGCCUGGUGACGCUCUAUCACGCUCGAGCAGACACUCAGAUCCUUAUCCUACAGCGCUUCGUGCGAUUAUUCGCCUAUGGAGGCUCGACGCUCAUUCUGGCAUCCUACCUUUCCGCGCUGGGCAAUCCACAGACUCGCAUCGGGCUGUUCAUGACGCUGACGCUUGUGGGCGAUGUGUUCAUCAGCUUCCUGCUGACACUGAUCGCCGAUGGGCUGGGCAGACGAGCCAUCCUUGUGCUGGGCGCUGCGCUGAUGAGCAUCAGCGGCGUUGUGUUCACGUUCAGUGGAAAUUAUUGGGUCUUGUUGGCUGCUGCGAUUGUGGGCGUUAUCAGUCCUAGUGGUAAUGAGAUAGGGCCAUUCAGGGCCAUUGAAGAAUCGACAAUCGCACAUUUGACAGCCACGAAAGAUCGGAGCGAUAUUUACGCCUGGUACUCGUUGAUCGGCACCGCUGGAACAGCUCUGGGCUUCGUCGGAUGCGGAUGGGUGAUCACGGCCUUGCAGGACAAGAAGAACUUCUCGGCCAUUCAGUCUUAUCGAGUAAUCUUCUCCAUCUAUGCUGUCGUUGGACUCAUUAAAUUGCUCCUCGCUCUCCUGCUGAGUAAAGAGUGUGAAAUCAACGGCGGCAAGCCGAAGGUUAUCAAUGCCGGGCCUGCUGCUGCAACGGAAACGGCUCCAUUACUUGGGAACGGCGACGCAAAUGGAGUUGCGCAACAGACCGAAGUCGAUGACGACGACAAGAAGAAAAGGCGCUUUCGACUUCUGCCUCAGAUCAGCAAGGAGAGUCAAGUCGUGCUGUUGCAACUGUGCAUACUCUUUGCAUUUGAUAACUUUGCGUCUGGGCUAGCACCAUUGUCUUGGGUGACGUUCUUCUUCAAGCAGAAGUUCGGACUCUCAGAAGGAAAAUUGGGGUCAAUCUUUUCCAUUACAGGUGUCAUAUCAGCGCUUUCAAUGCUGGUGGCAUCAUCGAUCGCGAAAAGAAUCGGGAAUGUCAAGACGAUGGUAUUCACCCACCUCCCAUCAGCGAUAUGUCUCGCGCUGAUCCCCAUCCCGCCAACACUGAGUGGCGCCCUGGUCUUCCUGGUCGGACGAGCAUGCACACAAGUCAUGGAUACGGCCCCUCGAUCAGCCUUCCUGGCAGCCAUCGUUCUCCCAAAUGAACGUACAGCUGUGAUGGGGACCAUCAAUCUGGUCAAGACGUUCUCCCAGAGCAUGGGACCAUUCAUCACUGGCGUUCUCGGAGCCAACAACCACUUCUGGGUGGCAUUCGUAGCUGCUGGCUCUUUGAAGGCGACUUAUGAUCUGGGCUUGCUAGCGGUGUUUGCUGAGACAAAGAGCCGUGAGCAACGUAGGACGGAGUCGAGGGGUGAUGAGGAGAGUACUGCUGCUUAG